AUGCUCUACAGCCAGCGGCCAGCGGCCAUCGAGGCUGACCGGCAGUACUGGCGCCAGCAGCUGCGGCUGCUGGAGCACAUCCAGCGCGUCAACUGCGGCCAGCAGCUGCUGUUCAACUCGUUCCUGGUGCAGCACGACGUGCUGCGCGCGUGCAACAACGAGCGGUGGGCCAACUUCGGCAUGGACAAGUUCAAGUGUCUGUUCCAGCUCAACGAGCUGCUCAAGAGCAUGGAGCUGGACGAGAAGCAGCUGGACGAGAAGCAGCUGUACAAGAUCAACGAGAAGGUCAGCUUCCUCCUGCACGAGAUACAGCCCAAGACGACCCUGUACCUGCUGGACGGCCAGGUCAUCACGACGGUGCUGCUCAACGUGCUGGUGUGCAUCUGCGAGAUGAUAAUCAAGUUCAACCCGCGCUCGGAGCUGCAUGUGGUUCUGUGCCGCUGCAUCGUCAACGGGAUUUCGUCGCAGUUCCUGCAGCCGUACGUCCAGCAGCUAUGGAAUGCAGUCCAGGAGUAG